AUGACAGGUAUCGAAUGUUCCUGGGUCAUGAGCAAUGAUUUACUAGGCUUCACAUCCCAUACCCGAAUCGUCACAUCAAACGACCCGAAACCAUCAAAUUGGACUGGGGGGUCAAAAUCCACGAAGAAAACGAAGUGGUUUUGCCCCUUGAGAAUCUUGACGGACUUAACGGCACGUGCGUCCCAAAUACGGAGCGUCGGUCGUCAGAGGCGGAGCAGAUAUAGGUGUAAUCUGAGGACCAUGCAAGGUCCGAGAUACCUUCGGAAUGGCCAACCAAAUGGGAGAGAUGUGUUACGGCUUCCCGUUUCCGUAGACCUGACUAUGAGGAUUUUGUCCAGGGAAGCAUUCGGGCAGAGGCAAAGAGUUGGCCUUUUUGGAGAACUUCACACACGAGACGGCUCCCUGGUGGUUCUUGAGCUUUUUCUUCAAACGGUACGGAAGCCUUGGGUGGUUGCCGGUGCUGCUUGCAUGGCCGGAAAAAGCAAUGCAUGUUAA